GACGCCAACAGGGAAAGGAUAAGGAAACGAGAGAGCACCACACAUUGCUACACACAGCUGACAGUUUCUCCUCCUCAAGCCGUUGAUUUUUCUACAUCAAUUAAUUAAUUUAUAUAUCACUUAUAUUAAUAUAUAUACAACCACCUCCGCCGCCGCUUCUGGAACGCAUCCUUCGCUUCUACUCAUGACUUCCUCGGGCGGUAGCGUAGGGAGAUACAUGGCUUACUCGCCCUCGCCUUCCGCUCAUCACUCUCCUCACCUCUCUGGCCUCCGCUCCGCCGCCGCUGCCGCCGCUUCCUCAGCCGCGUUCCUUGACCAAGAGAAAUAUCUCUCAGAGUUACUGGCGGAGCGUCACAAGCUCAGUCCAUUUAUGCCAGUACUCCCUCAUACCUAUAGACUGUUGAACCAUGAAAUUUUGCGUGUAACUACACUGUUGGGGAAUGCAUCAGUUUUAGGUCAAAGUGGGCUUGAACAAGCUAGCCCCCUGGCUUCUGGAGGAAUAUUUUCAAAUGGAGGAGCCGAUAUGAACGGAUGGUCAUCACGGUUUCAAUCAGAAAUGUCAAGUCUAGUACAGCCCUCUUUGGCACAGAAUUGGCUGGGUUCUCAAGGUAGCUCUUCUGGUCUUACUGUUAAGAGAACAAUCAGAGUGGAUAUUCCUGUCAACAACUAUCCUAAUUACAACUUUGUCGGCCGCCUCCUUGGUCCUAGGGGCAACUCUCUUAAGCGUGUGGAAGCAAAUACAGAGUGCCGUGUCCUGAUAAGAGGGCGGGGCAGUAUUAAGGAUCCAGCUAGGGAAGAACUAAUGAGAGGAAAAUCUGGGUAUGAACAUCUGAAUGAACCUCUUCAUAUCCUAGUUGAGGCGGAAUUACCUGUUGAAAUAGUUGAUGCUCGCCUAAUGCAAGCACGUGAGAUACUUGAAGAUUUGCUCAAGCCUGUGGAUGAAUCCCAGGAUUUCUAUAAGAAACAACAGCUGCGAGAGCUAGCAAUGCUGAAUGGUACGCUUCGCGAGGAAGGUUCUCACAUGUCCGGUUCUGUAUCCCCCUUCCACAACAGCCUUGGAAUGAAGCGAGCAAAGACUAGGGGGUAAAGGGCCCCUCCUUGUGGGCUAAUGAAGCUUGUGUCCUAGUGUCUGCCACAAACAGCAGUCUCCCCGACAUUGCAGGUAUUGCUAUGUCUCCGAAUGCCUCCAACUGCCGUCGGGGCACUGGCACUGUUGUGUGCCAGUUCAGUUCUAACUUGUUUCAUAUAUGCAGUGUGUUUAUGUUGUGUGUUGGGAGAGGUUAAAUGCUAGUAUAACACAGUGAGGAAUGGGUGUGAGUUCAUUCUGGGGGUUCGUACUUUUGCAUUUGCAUGUUGAUUCAGGCAGAUAGCUCUCUGCUAAACUGUCGGGUGUAUUAUUAGGUCAUAUUAUUCUAAUUAAACUUUUUGAUGACAGUUUUGAUUAGUAUAUGCGAGGAAGUUAAGGUAUGGUUUGUAUGCAGCAAGGUGAGGUGAUUUUAUUUUACCCAUGCAAAAUGUUGUAUGGGUUGGAGUGUUUUUUUUGUAUUAUCAAAUUGUAGAUGGCAUAUUUAGAUAUUAUUAUUUGAAAAUGAAGAUUGGAUUGCGUUUCGAUUAUGAGUGCGUUCCUGUUGCCUAUCAUUAGUUUUUAUACAUUAGCCAUUAGGAGGAGCAGAGCAGAGCAGGGAAUGUGUUAUUUUGUAUAAUUAUUGAAAUUUUGCCCCCAUCCCCAUG